CAGCAGCCUCAGCAUUGACAGCAGCAGCCUGUGUGUGUGUUACAGAGAGUUGAAGAGAAUGGCCAGAACCAAGCAGACAGCGCGCAAAUCCACCGGAGGGAAAGCUCCCCGCAAACAGCUGGCGACCAAAGCUGCCCGCAAGAGCGCUCCGGCCACGGGCGGAGUGAAGAAGCCUCAUCGCUACAGGCCCGGCACGGUGGCUCUGCGGGAGAUCCGCCGCUACCAGAAAUCCACCGAGCUGCUGAUCCGCAAACUGCCCUUCCAGCGCCUGGUGCGAGAGAUCGCUCAGGACUUCAAGACCGACCUGCGCUUCCAGAGCUCGGCGGUGAUGGCCCUGCAGGAGGCCAGCGAGGCUUACCUGGUGGGGCUGUUUGAGGAUACCAACCUGUGCGCCAUCCACGCCAAGCGGGUCACCAUCAUGCCCAAAGACAUCCAGCUGGCCCGCCGGAUCCGCGGGGAGCGCGCCUAAACGGAGCUUGGCCGGCUCUACACAUUCACCCCGAGAAAGAGAAACACAACGGCUCUUUUCAGAGCCACUAAACCAUCCAUAGAGAGCAGGAAACGAUGUGGCACAUUAAUAUUCUAAUUAUAAAUCAAGAAAGUAAAACGGAAUGAGUUAUAAGCGAUAUUGCCAUGGACCGUGAAGUCAUAUCUCCCGUCUUCGCAGAAUUUAUUGUGACAGAUUGUGAAAUAUAAUUUUAACAUGACAUUGGUAGUGUAUUAUAAAUUCCCGGAAUCUCCCUCUCUGUCUCGGUAUUCAUAUGGCUUGUCGUUGGGGGAUGGGAAAGAUUUGGCGCCAAGAGAUCAACGGCUCAUUUUCAAACUUGAAAAGUCCACUAACAUGUAGAAAAGAGCGCAAAGUUUUACAGGUGAGAAUGGGUAGGUACUUAAGCGUUGAUUUGUCUAUCGAUUACAGAAGUGCAGUUCACUUUACCCCCUUCCCUCCUUUACAGCUGAAAAAAAAAUCACUAACGGGUAUUUAAUAUGUUCUCUCUGGGGGCAGCGAAGAAAGUCUGUCUAUGAACACACUAGUGAACAAAGCGCUGAGGGAUAGGGGACGCUUAGGAGUAUUUGCUACA